UUAAUUGUGUCUUUCUGCCAGUGUAUCAAGAUUGUCGUUUAUUCCUGAAAUGGAUAUAUUCCAGGUGGAAUAGACAGAGCCUAUCUGUUUGUUAUUCUUAGUGGAUGACAAAGGCUGUUUUAUAUAUAACCAAAGGAAACUAUAGCCUGUAUAUAAUGACGCACAUAAUGUUGCUUGACCAGAGUUCAGGAGCAUUGACUGAAACAGCAAAUCCCCCCCUCAGUGUUUUGUGAAUGGUGCUGGGUAAUUUGUCUAAUCCCUUCAUUCAACUAUGGUGUGAGGAUUGGGGUAAACCGACACAGACAGCCUGUUUAGUUUGGUGUGUGUAUUUAAUAUCCACCCUUUGACCUUCUUGGAACUGCGUAGUUAAUAUAGUUGGCCUUGACAUUUUGGCCUGGAUGUGAUGAGGGAUACUUCUAUUGCACUGAAUAUAAACCAAUGUGCUUUAAUUCUGUGCAUUUUUUAAAAUUCUUGCUCAAUGGUGAUUAAAAGAAAUGCAGUAAUCUGAUCAAACAUAAAAAAGAUCUCACAGAUGAUGGGAAAAUACAUGGCGUUCCUCUCAUUUUCUAAUUCAUGUUAAUGUCGUCUUGUUGGUGCUCACACUCAAGUCUCCAGGCAGGUAUUGAUUAUGAGACAGAAUAUGUUGAAGAAGCAUUGCAGAGAGAGAGAAAGAGAGGGGGAGAAGGAGGGAGGGGUUUAGUCCCUCCAUGCUGUCUGGGAGGCCUGUGACAUUUCCAGUCCUGUCUUUGUGUCCAGCAUCAGGCCCAUGCUGCAUAUCAACAUGCUGGGCCACAUAAUAAGCCGCAUGAGGUCUUUUACAGCAGAUUUGACUUGUGUCGUGUGUACGUGCUGUUUAUGUGCGGUGCGCACAGUGGUCAGAGAGAGAGAGGAGAAGGGAGAGAGAGAGAGAGAGAGAGAGAGAGAGAGAAAGUGUUCAAAAUGGAUGCCAUACAGAUACACUGGCUGAGAGCACAGUGAGGGAGGGAAUCUGAUCCUCUCCCUGUCAAGCCCGUAGAGCGGCAUCUUACAUGAGUGACUGCUAAAUGUCCGUAUGUGCUUUAAAGGCAGCGGGAGCCUGGGUUUUGAGGAGGCUUUUUAGCAGGAGCAGUCCUCUCUGCAUUGCAGCACUGAGGCUGAGGAGAGCGGGGAGAAGGGAGCCCGUGUGGCACACCGAGCCGAGCACCCAAUCAGGCGCCUCCGUGUGGCGCUCAAGCCAAUCGGCAGCCUGCAGCCGAGGUUAAAGAUUGACAAUUGCAGGAGAGAGCAGCAGGGAGAGAAGGCCUUCUGGGAAACCUGGACCCAUCUUUUCCCUCAUCCCCCCAACGCCCUGAAUAAUUGAAAAAGAUUAAAGAAUAAGCUGAAGAAUCUGUGUGUGAGUAAGGAAAAAAAGUGUGGCAGAGGAAGAGGAGAAAACUGAAAUUAAAUCAGAAGAAAUGGAGAUUUCCACGAGAUCCAAAGUUUCAGACUCUGGAUCAGUAGAACGGGUGACCCACAAACGAAAGAUAUCGAGUCCCUCUCACUCAUCCAACGGUCACUCCUCUGCUGAAACCUCCCCCUGCCCCACCAAAAAGAAGAAGAAACCCGGUGCUGUGAGCAGCGGCAAAGACCAGUCAGAACUAAGACAUGGUCCCUUUUACUAUGUGAAGCAGCCAGCACUCACCUCAGACCCUGUUGAUGUUGUACCGCAAGACGGCAGGAAUGACUUCUACUGCUGGCUGUGCCACCGCGAGGGCCAGGUGCUCUGCUGUGAGCUCUGCCCCAGGGUGUACCACGCCAAGUGCCUCAAACUGCCCGCAGAGCCAGAGGGGGACUGGUUCUGUCCGGAGUGUGAGAAAAUAACAGUCGCUGAGUGUAUAGAGACUCAGAGCAAAGCCAUGAUGAUGCUCACUAUAGAGCAGCUGUCAUACCUACUAAAGUUUGCCCUUCAGAAGAUGAAACAGCCAGGUGAUCAUCCGCGCUUGUCAUCUCGCACCCCCCAUGCAGCUUCCACGCAGAGAAAGACUUUUAAUUGGACUGAACCCUUCCAGAAACCUGUCUCUCUUGAACAACAUCCAGAUUACGCCGAGUACAUUUUUCACGCUAUGGACCUUUGCACACUUGAGAAGAAUAUUAAAAAGAAAAUGUAUGGCUGCACAGAGGCCUUCUUGGCAGAUGCAAAAUGGAUUUUGCACAACUGUAUUAUAUACAAUGGAGGCAAUCACAAACUCACGGCUACUGCUAAAGUUAUAGUAAAAAUCUGUGAACAUGAGAUGAACGAGAUUGAAGUCUGUCCUGAGUGCUACCUGUCUGCUUGCCAAAAGAGAGACAACUGGUUCUGUGAGCCUUGUUGUUUUACUGUUUGUCUGCAGAGUAACCCACACCCUCUAGUGUGGGCCAAACUGAAAGGAUUUCCAUUCUGGCCUGCUAAAGCUCUGCGGGACAAAGACGGACAAGUGGAUGCUCGCUUUUUUGGUCAGCAUGACAGGGCUUGGGUUCCUUUAAACAAUUGCUACCUCAUGUCCAAAGAGAUUCCCUUCUCUGUGAAGAAGACUAAGAGCAUCUUCAACAGUGCCAUGCAAGAGAUGGAGGUCUAUGUGGAGAACAUGAAGAAGAAGUUUGGAGUGUUUAAUUAUGCCCCCUUCAGGACACCAUACACUCCUGACAACAACUUCCAGAUGCUGCUGGAUCCCUCCAACCCCUUAUCCGCCUCGAUCAAAUCUGAGAAACAGGAGAAGAUCAAACUGAGCUUUGAUAUGACGGCAUCACCCAAGAUCUCUUUAGCCAGGACCAUGUUGUCUGCAGCUGUAGUGGUGGGAGGGGGCACAGUUGGACGACGGCUCCCCCUCGCUGACAUGCCUCGAUCCCCCAUGAGCACCAACUCCUCCGCCCAUACUGGUUCGGAUGCAGAGCAGGAGACAGCGGACAAGUCCCAGACAAAGGCUCCAAACAGCCAGUACAGUACAGGAGAAGAGUCCAUGGACUGUACAGCAUCACCUGCCCAUCCUCGACCAUGUCCUGCAGGCAGUUCCUUGGACAGCCCUAAACCAUUCCACUCCCCAGCUCCCAGUGUCAAGCAGGAGAAGACGCCGCUCACAGGAAGCAUUCUGAACCUCAAUCUAGAUCGGAGUAAAGCAGAAAUGGACCUAAAGGAGCUCAGUGAAACGGUUCAGCAGAAACAAGGAGCCACACCCGUCCUCACUUCUCCAAAAAGACAGAUCAAGAGCCGUUUCCAGCUGAACUUGGACAAAACCAUAGAGAGCUGCAAGGCACAACUGGGUAUAGAUGAGAUCUCUGUUGAUGUGUAUAAAAGUGUGGAGCACAGUGACUCAGAAGACUCUGAUAAGUCUGACUCCAGUGACAGUGAGUAUGCCAGUGAUGAGGAGCAAAAGACCAAGGACGGUCAGGAUGCAGCCUCCAAUGAUGACGCCCAGAAGGAGCCUAUCAAAAGUAAAGGCAAAGAUCAACCUUCUGUAAGCCAAGAUAAGGAGGGUAAAGCCGAUUCACUCGAGGCAUCAGACACGGCAGAAAGCGACGCCAGUGCAGCAGCAUCAGAUGCUCCGAAAAGAGAAAAAACGAGCGUGGAUUCUGAAAAAGAGAGCCCUGUCAAGACCAAAGCAACUCCACUAUCACCUCCUCUAAGGGAGAAGGGGCAGGCAAAACAAGAUGCAAAACCGCCGGUGGAGGACUCUGACUCAGAGAGAGAGCUGGUUAUCGAUCUCGGAGAGGAACAGGGAAGCAAGGACAGGAAGAGGAGCAGGAAAGACCAUACCACUCUUAAAGAGUCAUCUGUUGGUAAAUCUGAAGGUAAAGCCCUGACCCCAUCGACACCGUCUCAAAACAGCACAACUCCCUCCAGUGUUUCCCCUAUGGCCAUCCCUGUCACCAUGCUCUCCUUCACUGCUCCCUCACCCUCAACCAUAAGCCUCGCACCCGUGUCCAGUGCCACCGCAACACCCCCUUCUUCUUCUUCAUCCUCCUCCCCAGCCUCCACCACGCCUGCUUUGAAGAAACAGCGUCCUCUGCUGCCCAGAGAGACGGUGCCGGUGGUGCAGAGAGCGGUGGUCUGGAAUCCCUCCGCCAAGUUUCAGACCUCCUCGCAGAAGUGGCACAUGCAGAAGGUGCAGCGUCAGCAGCAGAACCAGUCACCUGUGGCCACCAUGCAGAUAGAGGCGUUGUCUCCAAAGCAAGGCCAGGCUCAAGCAUCAACACAGGCCACAGGGAAUGGCUCCACAGCAGUAUCUUCAUCUUCCUCUUCAGCACCGCAGUCUUCACAAAGCACACGCUAUCAGACCAGACAGGCUGUUAAAGCUGUUCAACUAAAAGACUCUACCCUCAGCACAUCCACGGUCACCCUGGUUACCAGUAGUCCAGCUUCUGUUGCCAUGAUGGCAGCGUCAAGUUUAGGCACAGCUGCCACCUCGUCACCAGUCGCCACAGACGUGUAUAUCCCCACGGCCUCAGCAGAAGUAGCUGCAGACAUUGCCAAGUACACAAAUAAAAUAAUGGAUGCAAUCAAAGGUACAAUGACUGAAAUCUACAAUGACCUUUCGAAGAGUACUUCAGGGAAUACAAUAGCAGAGAUAAGAAGACUAAGAAUUGAAAUAGAAAAAUUACAGUGGCUCCAUCAGCAAGAGUUGUCAGAAAUGAAGCACAAUCUUGAGCUUACAAUGGCAGAGAUGAGGCAAAGUCUGGAACAGGAGAGAGAGCGGCUGGUGACUGAGGUGAAGAAACAGACGGAGCAGGAGAAGCAGCAAGCAGUGGACGAGACCAAGAAGAAACAGUGGUGUGCUAACUGCAGGAAGGAGGCCAUCUUCUACUGCUGCUGGAACACCAGCUACUGUGAUUACCCCUGUCAGCAGGCCCACUGGCCCGAACACAUGAAGUCCUGCACGCAGUCAGCCACAGCCCCACAGCAAGAACCUGAGGCUGAGUCGACAGCAGAGCUCCCUAACAAAGGUUUAGGGCAGGCUGGAGGCCCGAGCACUCUGAGAGAAACGCCGGUCUCUGCACCGUCAGACAAAGACUGUGACAUGGAAAAGAGCACUGACAACGUUGCUGUUACUUUGUCCUAAACAAGAUUUCCAUACUUGAAAAUGUAAAUGUGUGUAGAUAUUUUUUUUCCACUAUAAAGAUAUGUCGAUGUAAAUGUGUCUGUUCAAGCGGCUGUUGAGGGAGCAAUCUAAAUCCUUUUUGAUAUAUAAAUAUAUAUCUAUAUUUGUGUUUGCCUUUUUAGGCUCACAUAUCCCAGUGCACAGUGGUUACAUUUUAAAUGUGGAAACAAGACUGACAGCAGAUAGUUAAUAACCACUAGAGGGGGCAGUCUACAAAAUGUAUACUGCACAUUCAUGCACAUUUGCCAACUUUGGAGAGCUGUCAGCAUACAGAUCUUAAAGGUAGGGUAGGUAAGUUUGAGAAACCGGCUCGAGAUCGCUAGAAUUUGAAAAUACACAACCGGAGAAAA